GAAACCGGCCCACCGAUACGAAGGCCCAUUUCUUCCGAGCCUGGGGUUAGUUCUGGUUAGGUAUUGAGGUUUUAGCCGCGAAGGAUUUUGUGAACAUCGUUCUGGUGGCCAGUGUUCUUAUCAUUUUUUUUUUUCUGAUUUGCAAGCUUAGCUUUAAAUCAUGUCUAGAAUAUGUGUCAAGAGCUUACCGAAGCAUGUUAAUGAGGAUCGACUCAGAGAUUUUUUUUCUCAGAAAGGAGAGGUUACGGAUGUUAAGAUUAUUCGCACCAAGGAUGGUAAGAGUAGGCAAUUUGGUUUUGUGGGCUAUCGUAGCGAGAAUGAAGCACAACAAGCUUUGAAGUUUUUCAAUAACUCUUACUUGGAUACUGGCAGGAUUACCUGUGAGACUGCUCGUAAAGUUGGAGAUCCGAAUAUGCCCCUUCCGUGGAGCCAACACUCCCUGAAGAAACAACAGAAAUUGUUGGAAGAAAAAAAGCAAACUACUGCUCCUAAAUCUUUGAAGGUGAAAAAUCCGGAAGAGGAGAACAAAGAUAAUCAAAUUGAUGAUCCACAACUGAAUGAGUUCAUCGAGGUCAUGCUGCCCCGUUCGAAGGCAAAACUUUGGUCAAAUGACACCUCAACAGUUGCUCCCUUGGAACAGAAGAAAGAAGCAAGUAAGAAGAAUAUUAAAGGAGGUAAAAAUAAGAAUACAGCAAGCAAGCUAGACGAGACAGACGAGAGUGAAAAGUCAUCAGAUGGUGAAGCUGUGACUGGCAAUUUGGAUCCCACUCAAACUGCAUCAGAUAUGGAUUACUUUAGAAGUAAAGUUAAGACAGAGUGGUCAGAUUCAGAAAGUGACGAGGAGGAUAGAGAUAACAAACAUGGUGUAGACGAAGAUAUCCAGAGGGAAAAAAACAAGAAGAGUGAUAUUCUUGAAGAAGAUGAUUCUAAAGAGGGCAAUGAAGAAGCUAAAAGUGAUGUGACUGCUGAAGCUGAUCAUUUGGAUGAAAAUGAAGAUUUUGAGGCUGGUCGUCUUUUUGUCAGAAAUCUUCCCUACACUGCCACCGAAGAUGAGCUGGAAGAGCAUUUUAGCAAGUUUGGAAAUGUGUCGCAGGUCCAUGUUGUGGUCGAUAAAGAAACAAAACGGUCAAAAGGAUAUGCUUAUAUUCUUUAUACGCUUCCAGAAUCCGCAAAUAGGGCUUUAGAAGAGCUGGACAACUCAACCUUUCAAGGUCGGUUGAUGCAUGUUAUGCGAGCAAAACACAAAAAUCCUCCUGUAAACCAAGAAACUAACGUGCCAUCUGAUAAAUCUAAGACGUUUAAGCAAAAAAGGGUAGAAGAAAGGAGGGAAUCAGAAGCUAGUGGAAAUACAAAAUCAUGGAACACUUUGUUUAUGCGACAUGAUACAGUUGUUGAGAACAUUGCCAGAAAACUUGGAAUUAGUAAAAGUGAUUUGCUUGAUCGAGAAGCAAGUGAUCUUGCCGUACGUGUUGCUCUGGGAGAAACUCAAGUGAUCGCAGAGACAAAGAAGGCUCUUGUGAAUGCUGGAGUUAAUGUGGCUUCAUUAGAGGAAUUUGCUAGUAAAAAAACUGAUAACAUGAAAAGAAGCAAUCAUGUUAUUAUUGUUAAGAAUUUGCCUUAUGAUUCUUCGGAAGGUGAACUAGCUGAAAUGUUUAGUAAAUCUGGAGGAUUAGACAAAAUCAUAAUUCCUCCAACAAAAACGUUGGCACUGGUUAUUUUCCUUGAACCAGCUGAAGCACGUUCUGCUUUUAGACGCUUAUCUUACAAACGUUACAAGGAUGCUCCUCUAUAUCUGGAAUGGGCACCGGCAAAUAUAUUAAACCCAACAUCAGCAUCUCUAAGUGAUGCAAACGAUUCUGUCAUUAUCGAGGAACAGAAUGCGAAGCGGGGUUUUCUAGAACAGCACGUGAAUGGAACUGCAGAUAUGGAUAUAGAUCCGGACCGAGUUGAGUCACGGUCACUAUUCGUGAAGAACCUGAACUUCAAAACAUCUGAUGAGAGUUUGAAAAAAUAUUUUAGUGAACAUGUGAAGGAAGGGAGAAUACUCAGUGUCAGGGUCAAGAAGCACGUGAAAAAUGGGAAGAAUGUCUCCAUGGGUUUUGGUUUUGUAGAAUUUGAUUCUGUUGAUACAGCAACAAAUGUUUGCAAGGAUUUACAGGGAUCUGUUCUGGAUGGGCAUGCUCUUAUACUGCAACGUUGUCAUGGUAAGAAGGAUGAGCAGACUCUGAAAAAAGUUCAGAAGGAUCACAGUUCAACAAAGUUAAUUGUGAGAAAUGUAGCUUUUGAGGCAACAGAGAAAGAGCUCAGACAGUUAUUUAGUCCAUUUGGCCAGAUUAAGAGCUUAAGGCUUCCAAUGAAGUUCGGAAAUCACAGAGGCUUUGCUUUCGUGGAGUAUGUAACAAAGAAGGAGGCCCAGAGUGCACUUGAAGCUCUUUCAAACACCCAUCUAUAUGGGCGUCAUCUGGUCUUGGAGAGAGCUAAGGAAGGUGAGAGUUUAGAGGAAUUGCGUGCGAGAACUGAAGCUCAGUUUACAAAUGAACAAAAUGGUUUUCAAAAUCCAACUAAACUGUCAAAAAAAAGGAAAAGUAUGGCUGCUUUGGAUGAAGGUAGUUUUAAAUUUGGAAGAAUUGUGGAUUAAUUUACUACAUUUCACGUUAUAUGUAAAGUAAUAUUUUUACCAGUGUGUUGUCAACUUUUGAUAUUAUAAAUUUGUUGAUUAGCAAAUUUUUCUAUGUUGGGAGCAAUUUGGAGUUCUUUAUAUAUUACUUUUUUCAAA